GGUGUAAACAUUUGCAGAUUUACGUAAAAUCGCUCCAUUUCAAAUUGCCAAGCAAUUAACUUCAGAGACUUCACUCAUCUUGACUGAUAUGGCCGCCUCUGACCAAUCAGAGACUGAGAAUUCCACAUCAAAGCAAGUUCAAGCCAACCAGAGUCCUCCUAAAAUCUUUGCUGAUGUCAUCGGGGAAGUCGAGGACUAUUUGUUGGCACCUAAUCGAGGUGACCAUCAGAAACAACUUAGCUGUCCAUUGGGUGCUACGGGAUUUUAUUGGACGCACUUUCUUAAAGACUGAAUCCCGAAAGUAGGUGGAAAGACUUGAAGUAAAAUAACCACAACAUAUUGGGACUUUUGGAGAACUUUGACAUCAUGACUGCCACAGCGACAGAAAAUUCUGGGAAGAGUGUCCAGUACAGAGUGGAUCAUCUUCUGAGUGCCGUGGAAAAUGAACUGCAGGCUGGCAGCGAAAAGGGAGACCCCACUGAGCGAGAACUCAAAGUCAACCUGGACGAAAAUGAACUGUGGAACAAGUUUAAGGAACUCACGAACGAGAUGAUUGUCACCAAGAAUGGAAGGAGGAUGUUUCCCGUUCUGAAGGUGAACGUGUCUGGCCUCGACCCCAAUGCCAUGUACUCUUUCCUGCUUGAUUUCGUGGCUGCCGACAACCACCGGUGGAAGUACGUGAACGGGGAGUGGGUUCCAGGUGGUAAACCUGAACCACAUGCCCCUAGCUGCGUCUACAUUCACCCUGACUCUCCCAACUUCGGAGCCCACUGGAUGAAAGCGCCCGUCUCCUUCAGUAAAGUCAAACUCACCAACAAACUCAACGGGGGUGGACAGAUCAUGCUGAACUCUCUUCACAAGUAUGAGCCCAGGAUCCACAUCGUGAGGGUUGGAGGUCCGCAGCGCAUGAUUACCAGCCAUCCCUUCCCGGAAACACAGUUUAUCGCAGUGACAGCAUACCAGAACGAAGAGAUUACAGCUCUCAAAAUAAAAUACAACCCAUUUGCAAAGGCCUUCCUUGAUGCCAAAGAAAGGAGUGAUCACAAAGAUGUCCUAGACGAUGUAGGAGACAGUCAGCAGUCGGGGUAUUCACAGUGUGCAUGGUUCAUUCCUGGCACUAGUAGCUUGUGCCCUCCUGCAAACCCUCACCCCCAGUUUGGAGGGCCCCUGACCCUCUCAUCCUCACAUGGCUGCGACAGGUACUCAACACUGAGGAACCACCGUUCGGCCCCCUAUCCCAGCCCUUACACCCACUCCCCAACAGGUUAUACAGACAACUCCUCCGCCUGCCUCUCCAUGCUGCAGACCCAUGACAACUGGUCCAGUCUGCAGGUCCCCACGCACUCCAGCAUGUUGCCCAUGUCACACAGCGCUGGCACUGUCUCCAGCUCCAGCCAGUACCCGAGCUUGUGGUCUGUCAGUAACAGCUCCAUCACCCCAGUUUCCCAGUCUGGGGGCAUGUCGAAUGGACUGAGCUCCCAGUUCCUCCGCGGCUCCAUGGCGCACUACCCGUCUCUCCCUCACUCUGUUCCAGCCUCCUCCGGAUCACCGCUGUAUGAAACCGGAGCUCCGACAGACUUGCACGACACGCAGUACGACACCUCAUCCCAACACGGCCGGCUAGCCACCACAUGGACCCCCAUCACCCCCCCUUCCAUGUAAUGGAAAUCACAAAACUCCACUUUCAUCUCGACAAUCUGCAGCAUCCACUCAUUUAUUCUGUUGUGGCAAAAGGAGUUCGCCAAAUAGGUCAAGAGGCUUUGAAUUGUAUUUGCCAACAUUUUAUGUAAAUAUGGAGUCAAAUAAAUUAAAAUUGGUACUGUAGCAAAGGCAGUAAAAUAAUUCUAUUCACCCUGUCAGGUUAGGUCGUGGCAUGUAUAUCAGUGUGCCCACUUUUGGACAAACAUUUGUAUGGCUAUAUAUUUAUAAAAAAUUAUAUUAAACCAUAAACAAGCACAUUCUGUUUGUGGUUUAGUAACGUCGAUUACUUAAGACUAAAGAAAACUAAAAAACGGUUAGCAUGUAAUAGUUUCAUGAUAAUUGCCUGAGGAAUUUACUUUAUCAUCGAUUAAUGUUAAUAUUGAUACUGUAGCGUUUGUUAUAGUAAACACUGUACAACUGCCAUGGUGUAACAGUAAGAUGUCUUAUUUGGGUGGUGCAUCACACUCUGUACUUGACUAUUCUGUUCUAUCAUGUGUCUUGUAGCUUGCUAGGUUUUUUUUAGCACAGCACUGUAUGCUGCCUGUACAGUUCCCCUUUCUCUCCCCUUGUCAAUAUUGUAAAUAUUAAUAUAAUCAUGUUUAUUUUAUUUUUGCCUCAUAUCUGGGGUUAUUGUGUAAAUGUUUUACAUUUGGAGAAUGCUUCAACUAUUCUGUAGAAAAAGUAAUAAACUAAAAAGUGUUUAAUGUAUUUGCAUUUUGUUAAGUAAAAAA